AUGUCAAAGCGAUUUGCAGGUAAUCAAUUGACAAGGGAAACCUACGCUGAUAAUAGUGACGAUGAACGUCGCAGCGAAGAGGAAGCCCCAGCGACGGUAGCCUCUGCAGAGAUCAUGAACAGGAGGAAAAUUGCCAUGCCUAGACGUAAAAUGGAGUUUACUGCUAAACCUGUAACUCCCGCUGUUCAAUCCGAGUCGGAAUUUGCCAACAGUUUUAGCUUUGGCAAGAAACCUAGCAUGGACAAAAAAUCUCCAGAUGCAAACGCCGUCAAAUUAAAGGCACUUAAUGUUCAGUUCAAAAGCAAACUAGAUGAUGUUGUGUCGAAAGAUCCAUGUGCCGACCUCUCUUCCUUGUUUGACAAAUAUAAGAGGUACCUAGCAGACAUAAACUCUGAGAAAACCAAAAAUUCUACUCCAUCAUCUGGUGUACAAUCUACCUCGAAUAGCGCACAGAGUUCUUUUCAACUGCAGCCUACUUCUUCAGCUGUAAUUACCUCUGAUAGCAACGCAAUCGCGGUAACCGGGCCUGCGUCACACUCAUCUGCGUCAGAAGGGGAAGAGGAGGAACAGAAAGACAUCAAAAUCGAGGGUCCAAAGUUUACGAUAUCCACAAAACCAAUAACAUCCGAUUCUGUAUUCGCAUUUGGUACAGCAAAAAAAGCACCAUCUCCAAAGGAAGAUAGUGAUAGUGAAAGUGACAUCGAGAUUAAAGGCCCACAAUUUACUUUUUCAGGUGAUGUAAAGAGUGAUAUCUUCAAGUUAAAGCCAAAACCAAGCGUCACUACUGAAGAUUCAAACGUUUCCGAAAAGAAAACUGUCACUUUUGAUGCCGCAGCUACGGGUCCUGCUCAGGAAACUAUGAAGGAAGAGACCCAACCCGAGGAAAAGCCUAAGUUUACAUUUGGUGCAUCGACGAAUGCACCAGCCAAGGCAAACCCAUUUAUCUUCGGCAAGGGUCCAGCCACGGACAAUUUAAAAGAGGAUAAGACCAGCGAAGAAGAAAAGCCCAAGCCAGCAUUUUCAUUCGGUGCCCCAAACCCAGUUGCGAAGACUUCGGGAAAUGAUAGCUCUGUCCCCUCCUUUACAUUUGGUGCUAAACCGAAGGAAACUGAGACAUCUUCAACAAAACCAGCGUUUUCUUUUGGUAGCACAAUCGCGAAUCCAACUAGCGAAAAACCGGCUGUUCCAUCGUCUGCGUUUUCGUUCGGGAGUAUUUCGUCAUCACAAGCUACAACGGCAACAAAUACCGAAACUCCUGAAGAAAAGGGAACUAAACCAAGCUUCUCAUUCAACUUCCCCGCAUCUAAUGGUGGGAAAGAUGCACAACCCCCAGCGAGCAAGGUCACUAGCACACCUAGCUUUGCAUUCGGUUCGACUACUAAACCGACUUUGGAAAAUGAUGGAACAACUGCAACAGAAGAGAAGCCAAAGCCAUCUUUUAGUUUUGGCUCAUCAACAACUGAAGCGAAGAACCCACCAUCAUUUGUAUUUGGUAAAUCAAAUGACAAGAGCGAACCAGAAGAAGAGAAUAAAAAACCAUCAUUCAUUUUUGGCUCUAACUCAAAUACAACAGGUACGAACCCACCUUCGUUUUCUUUCGGUAAACCAAACAACAACAAUAGUUCUGCAUCGGGAGGAUUCAAAUUCACACUACCAUUUGGACAGAAACCGGCUACGGCCAACACCGAAGCACAGAAUGUCGUCGAGACUGCUAAUGCAACAAACAAUGAGACUACUCAAACACCAGAACCAGUCCAACCAGCUGAAGAGGAAACUACAACACAAUUCGAAUUACAAAACGGUGAAGAAGGUGAAACUGUCUUGUUCUCACAGAGAGCCAAAUUGAUGCUAUUCAACACCGAAACCAAGGCAUACGAUUCAUGUGGUGUGGGUGAAAUGAAACUUCUUCAGAAUGGGAGUGACAAAACGAAGAUAAGAUUACUUUGUCGAUCUGACGGAAUGGGUAAUAUCUUGUUAAACACUGCGGUGAUCAAGUCAUUCAAUUACACCCCAUUGACACCUGAAAAUGAAAAUCUUGUGAGAAGACCCCCACCGUUGGCGCUGAUGGUAAGGUAA